AAAUGGCAGGAAGAAAAGGAAGAAAACCAAGGUGAUAUCCCACAUGCUCGAUUCCAACGAACCGAUCAAUGGAGACCGGUUUAUAUUUGGUUGGAAUCUUUGGAUAAAGAUGAGGUGGUUAAGUCCAAAGAUAUAUCUGACUGGCUAACUGAGAAUCCAGAUAUACAAGAACAGUUGUGCUCUAGGCAUUCUCGGUAUCAUUUGAUGCAUUACAUCAAGAAGUGCCAUAUGAAGAUACUAAAGAGGCGGGAAAAGAAGAAGGUAUUGAAUACUUCUUGUUUUAGCUCAAUUAGCCUAGAAAUUUUCAAGCGUCUGUCUGAAGAUGCAGAUGCUUCCUCAAUUUGGACCACAUCAGGUGUCCAGCAGCCUGACACACCAGCCCCUCUAAAGGUUCACAAAGAUGUGUUGAUGAAACAGCCAGCUCAGCUGCCAUCUCCACUUUCUGUUUGCAAUUCAUUGAUCAAUGUACCAAAAGAUAGUGAUGUAUAUUUGACAAAACGAAAGGAAGCACUUCAGAAAUACGAGAUCUUAGCGGAGUUGGAGAAGCUGCUUGCCCCCACCUUUUUAAAACGUGAAGAUGGAAACAAAUGAAGGGAUUUUGAAACACCCAACUUGUGCCUGUGUCCUGCCUGCAUGUUCGUGAUUCUGUAAUUUAGCAGGUGCUUUGCUUAU